AUGUCCCGCAUAGUUCUAAUCCCAGGCAACGGAAACGACAAUGUCGAGUCCUCAAUGUGGUACCCAUCCGUCAUUAGCGCCCUCACCGAAGCUAAAAACCCCACCACCCAACACCUCCUCUUCCCCGGAGGAAACUUUCUCGAAACCUUUCCGGACCCUUUCGACGCCCGCGAAGAAAUCUGGAUCAAAUAUAUGGAGGACGAGAUUGAGAUUGGAGAACAGGAUGUGGUGAUUGGUCAUUCAAGUGGUGCGGCCGCCAUUCUGAGAUAUGUUGAGACCAGGAAGGUCAAAGGUGUUGUCCUUGUCAGCGCUUAUCAAUCUGACCUCGAUGACCCUUCAGAGCGCGAGGCUGGAUACUUCAAUCGACCCUGGAACUGGGACGCCAUCUCCAGGAACGUCGAAUGGAUCACCCAAUUCUCUAGCCCAAGCGACCAUCUGGUGCCAAUCGACGAACAACGCUUUGUCGCCAGUAAAAUUGUCGGGAUCGACUAUAUUGAGCUCCCCAACCGUGGACAUUUCAUCCGCGAUCGUGCGUUCCCGGAGCUGGUCGCCAACGUCAUACAAAAGAUGUCUUCCUAG